AUGGCGACGCAAGACAACCACGUCGUUGGGAUUGGUGCGGAGCCAAAACUCCUGGGGAGUUUCGACCUCGUGUGGAAAUACUUGGGGCAGUUAGAUGAAAGUAAUAAAGAAGCGCCGUCACGACCAACCGUCCCCCAUCUUGGCAUGGAGUCAGAAGGCUCCAUCCUUCUUUACAGCACCUCGGACCGAAAUGUCACCCUCCGCCCCGACAAAACCGUCAUCAAGUCCGGCAAGACCAUUUCUCUCGAGGAAGCUGAAGCCCUGCAAGUUGCCGCCCAAGCAGGACUUCUUGUGCCCCGGAUCUUGACCACCGACAGCCAACCUGGCGGCAUCAACGUUCUCCAAAUGAGCCAUGUUGAUGGCCAGCCGCUCUCCGAAGUCUGGUCGACCAUGACACCUCGUCAGAAGCGCUGUAUCGCCCUCCAACUCCGCGAGAUACUCACCAAUAUGCGAUCGUUACAAGCCCCUACCAGAUUAGUGGGUGCUUGUAGCGGUGGCCAGUUCCGCGACACGAGGCUCUGCCACUCGCACUACUUCCCGUCCCUGGUAAACGAGGACGAGUUCAACCGGUAUCUGAUAUUGAGUUUGUCGCAUGUUACGCCGAGACCGGUGCGGGACGCAUUCGCCAGACAGCAGAGGAAUAAUCACCGCAUCGUCUUUACACACGGGGACUUGAGUCCCAGAAAUAUCAUUGUAUCUAACGAUAGGAUUGUGGGGAUUGUGGACUGGGAAGAAGCAGGUUGGUUCCCCGAGUACUGGGAGUACGUCAAGUUCUUCUUGAGGACUGGCGCCGAGGACGGGGACUGGCCAUCAUAUGCAUAUGAUAUAUUCCCCGACGCAUAUCACGAUCAACUGGUCCUAUAUUUUUCUAUUCUACAGUGGCAGUCGCCGUAG